GAUCGAAACACCUCAGCCUCUUCCAGGACCAAAAACACCGCCCAAACUCGACACACCAGACUCAAAGACGCCACCGGAAGUCGACAUACCUGCACCAAAGACACCGCCCAAAGUCGACACCCCAGAAUCAAAGACACCACCGGAAGUCGACACACCAGAACUAAAGACACCGCCGGGAUUCGACUUACCAGGACCAAAGACACCGCCGGAAGUCGACACACCAGAAACAAAGACACCGCCGGAAGUCGACACCCCAGAACCAAAGACACCUCC